AUGUUGCACUGGCAAGACUGGGUCGAAGACAUUGGAUUGUCCAUGGAUUAUGAAGAAAGAAGCUUUGCUAGAAGAAUGCUGGAGUCCACGUUGCUGGCAACUGUUGUCAUGCAGGGGGGGGGGGGGCAAAGCUGCAACCCAUGUCCUCCAGCCCUGAACCACACCAGCGAGACUUUUUGCGAGUAA